AUGGAUUCCCUCGAUGUGCCACCAAGUGAUCCUCCUCCGCCUCCACCUAAGCCUUCCCGACCAAAGAUAACCCUCACCAUGCCAACCCCUACCUCAAGAGUUCCUAAUACCCCAUCUUCGAUCCACUGGGGCCAAACGCAGUACUAUGGUAAGAUGCCCCAAUCCCCAAUCUCCCACAUGUCUGAAGCCAAUCCUUACUUUAAUCCUUUCGUCCAUAUGUACCAUAAUAAAGCGUCAGAGUUCAUGUUCAAACAGUUCGAAGGGUUCAAAGACUUUACGAUGAACACCGCGAAAAGUGGUUUAAGUGCUGGUGAAAAGACGGCGUUUUGGUUUUACAAUAAGUUGAAGUUGUGGUCGAAAAAGUGGUUUACGCAUUUCUUUUUGACAUUGUGUCUAUUGGUCUAUAGUAUUCUUGGUGCCUUGAUGUUUCAGGCAUUGGAAAGUGAGUAUAUUACCUGUUAUUAA